CAGCCAAUCCCGGCGGCACUCGCUGCCCGGGCUGCGCCGGGAGAGGGGAGCAGCGCUCGGAGCUCGGCACACCGGGACACUGCCUCUCCGCUUGUCCUUUGUGUUUUUUCUGGGGUCAUCACCAGAGGAAGACACUAUUUUUUGAUUCUGCUGCCUCUUUUUUUUUUUUUUUUUUCCUCUUUAUAUUUUUUUACUUCUUUUUCCCUGCUGCCUCUGGUGGAGAAGCCAGGUUUUUGUGGAUGCUGAGGAUCGAUAGCCUCUAGCAUAACUGGAGACGACGGCAGUCGGUGCAAAGGAGGGAGGCAGAGCUAAGCGGGAAGGAGCAGCGUUUUUACCUUGCUUGAUCUAUGAAAAGGCCAGAGUGAUCCUGAGCAAUCUGUCCUUUAAUCGCAAGGUAUUUCCGAUUUUCUUCUUCAGAAAGGUUUUGUUUUUAGUCCUUAUUUUGCCCCCGUUGUUGUUGUACCAGCUGAGUCAUCAUGUCUGCUCUGACGCCUCAAAGCGACAUGCCAACCCCCACCACAGACAAGAUCACUCAGGCUGCCAUGGAGACCAUCUAUCUUUGCAAAUUCCGCGUGUCGAUGGAUGGAGAGUGGCUGUGCUUGCGCGAGCUGGAUGACAUCUCGCUGACACCCGACCCCGAGCCUACCCACGAAGACCCCAAUUACCUCAUGGCUAACGAGCGCAUGAACCUGAUGAACAUGGCCAAGCUGAGCAUCAAGGGGCUGAUCGAGUCUGCGCUGAACCUGGGCCGCACGCUGGACUCGGACUACGCGCCCCUGCAGCAGUUCUUCGUGGUCAUGGAGCACUGCCUCAAGCACGGCCUCAAAGCCAAAAAGACUUUUCUCGGGCAAAAUAAAUCAUUUUGGGGACCUCUAGAAUUAGUAGAAAAACUUGUUCCUGAGGCUGCAGAGAUUACAGCAAGUGUUAAGGAUCUCCCAGGGCUGAAGACACCUGUGGGCAGAGGAAGAGCUUGGCUUCGCCUGGCUCUGAUGCAGAAGAAACUUUCAGAGUACAUGAAAGCCUUGAUUAACAGAAAGGAUCUUCUCAGUGAAUUUUACGAGCCCAAUGCACUGAUGAUGGAGGAGGAAGGUGCCAUCAUUGCUGGCCUCCUCGUGGGUCUGAAUGUCAUCGAUGCCAACUUCUGCAUGAAGGGAGAGGACCUGGACUCCCAGGUUGGAGUUAUCGAUUUCUCCAUGUAUUUGAAAGAUGGGAACAGCACAAAAGGCAGCGAAGGAGAUGGUCAGAUAACUGCUAUUUUGGACCAGAAGAACUAUGUAGAAGAGCUCAACAGACAUCUAAGUGCUACAGUAAACAACCUGCAGGCCAAGGUGGAUGCUUUGGAGAAAUCCAACACAAAGCUGACUGAGGAGCUUGCAGUUGCCAACAACAGGAUCAUUACACUGCAGGAAGAGAUGGAGCGGGUUAAGGAGGAAAGCUCCUACAUCCUGGAGUCCAGCCGGAAGGCCACCAAGGACAGAAGUGCUGACGGGCAGGCACUGACUGAGGCACGGAAGCAGCUCAAGGAGGAGACUCAGCUGCGCCUGGAUGUGGAGAAGGAGCUGGAGGCGCAGAUCGGGAUGCGGCAGGAGAUGGAGCUGGCCAUGAAGAUGCUGGAGAAGGACGUCUGUGAAAAGCAGGAUGCGCUGGUGGCGCUCAGGCAGCAGCUGGACGAUCUCAGGGCUCUUAAGCAUGAACUGUCUUUCAAGCUGCAGAGUUCAGACAUGGGAGUGAAACAGAAGAGUGAAUUAAACAGCCGCUUGGAAGAGAAAACAAAUCAGAUGGCUGCCACCAUCAAACAGCUGGAACAAAGAUUGCGACAGGCAGAGAAGGAGCGGCAGCUGGCCCUGCAGGACAACCGGCUCUUCAAGCAGGAGUUUGGGGACAAAAUCAACAGCCUCCAGCUGGAAGUGGAAGAGCUCUCCAGGCAGCGGAGCCACCUAGAACUGGAGCUAAGGCGGGAAAGAGACAGAUGGUCUCACAAUCACCAGCGCAGCCAAGAAAACAAAAAAGGCCCAAAGAAUUGGCUCAGACAGGAUGGGAAGCUCCAAGUCCAGGAAGAAGAUGCUAAACUGAAGCAGCCACUGAGAGAGAACAGUGUCCUGCCACACAGGUCACCCAGCAGCACACAGGAAGAGCAGGAGCAGCUGUCGGGGCCUGGACAUGCCGAGAUCUGCCAGCUCUGCCAGAAGGAGGGCAGCCGGAGCCAAAGAAAGAACAUCUGCAAGAACUGUGGGGGCACCUUCUGUGAAGCCUGCUCGGUGCACGAGCUGCCCCUCCCGUCCAGCAUCAACCCCGAGCGUGUCUGUAACCUCUGCCACCAGCGGCUCAUCCUGCAGUAUUCCAGCCCCCCUUGGUAGGGGACGGGUGGCACACAGGUGACAAACAGCGGCUGUGGCUGAUGGUGUUUCUGGAGUUGCUCAGGGGGAAUGUGAAGACACUUGCCCAUGUGCUUUGGAGGUCAGAUGGGAAGCAGCUUCUUGGUGUUUAGAAUCUUACUAAAACAGCAGUUUGAGCCCUUAAAUCAGCCUGUGCUGUGGAGAAUUCCAUGGGGAAUGUCACAUGGGGCAGGCCCAAGGUGUGCCUGAACAGUCUCAGAACUGGGAGCCCCUGCCCAAACCAGAGCUGUUGUCCACACGUGGAAGGCGAGAGUGUUCUCACCUUCACACGUGUGGCAUGGGUGUGUGCUGCUGCUGCUGCUGAGCAAAGGCUCCCCAAAACCCAACAGGAGUGUGGGUAUUCCUCAUGUCUGGCUGCACUUGAAAUCCCAUUUCCCCUUUUCCGUUUGCCCUGGACAGGCUGGCUCAUCCUGGGAACCCUGGGUGAUGGUUAUGAGCAGGGGUAGGUGGGCCACCUGUGAACACAUCCUCCCUGCAUUUCCUUGGCUCAGGGCUCUGACCAGGGGCUUAGUCUGCACAGGGACACCCCAAACCAAGCUGUGAAUGUCCUGUUCCCCCUCUGGGCUUUAAGGGCUGGGCCCAAUCCCCGUCACACGGAGGUUUAGGGCCACUUGGACCCACCUCUCUGCCUUGCGCACAUGGAAAUGUUGUUACAAUAAACCUGGCAUUUCACUUUUUGUUGGAUCAAAACCAAGUGGGAACAGUUCUCACCUGUUAGAAAUUUUAAUUGCACAUACAGUUGAGAGAGGUUUUGUGGUUUGUGCCACAUCAGUCUUUGUUACUGUUCCCUCAAGAGAUUUUGCUAGUCCAAAAAGCGGUGGUGGCUUUCUUGUGUCACAGGAGUGUUGACUCCCUUUUCCUACUGGCACAUCCUGCAGUCUGAGACCACAGAAUGUCCUGUAGCUCAUUGAGAGCUGCAUUGGUGUGACACACGCACUGGGGUUUGGACAGAUGUUGUUAGGGGCUAGUUAAUUCCUUGGGGGGAUGUUCUGGUCAUUAGAUUGGCUGAAACCACAUGAAAAAGCUUCUUGGAGCCGAGGUACUGACAUGGUUGGUACUGCUUUGUACCAGGAAUCAUCUCUCCUUGAUCCUUUUAGCACUUGGCAUGUUCAGCCACCCAACUUGUACUCUUCUCUGCUCUUCUGACCCCAACGGCAGCUUCCUGACCCUUUUCCUUGCUGAUAUCCCCUCAAGUAUGGCGGGAGUUGUUAACAGUGUUGCAAUACCAAAAGUCUGGAAUUGAGGUGAAUUCCUGAGUUCUCUCAAGGGAUGAGACACAGGAGGUGGAUUAGUUUAGAGUACUUCCUGUACAGAUUCAGCAGUGUGAACUCCUGCACCCAACCCCCGUGCGACUCAGCCCCAGAGCAGAAAGUAAGACCCAGGCAAUGCAGAGGGAGCAUUAAUCUGGAUAUGGAGGAUUAAACUCCAUGGAGCAGGGAGGUGGCUGAGCCCCUCCAGAGCACAGCACUGGUGGCUGCCAUGGGCUUGGUCUUUUGGAAGGUGGGAGCAGGACUCUGCUGGCUGCCAGCUCCCUCUGUGCUCAGGUACUCUGUGUGAUGCCAGGGUGGGGUCACACCUGGACCUUGGGAAUGGUGGGGGGACAGGUUUUCUGAUGUUAAUUUUGUUCCACACAAUAAAAAAAUCUUGAUCAUUUA